AUGGCGCUUGGAAGCAAGGUGCUGAAUGCUCUCUUCGUCGGUGGUGCAGUGCUCGUCGCUGUUUAUGCUUGGGCCGUCUACGGUCUCCUCACCGAAUGGCUCAUCCCUUUGGGCGCCGUGGUGGCUCCAGAGAUGGAGGAGAUGUUCAGAUCAGAGAAGGCCGCGAUCUACAUCCACGCGCUUUCAUCUGCCGUCUCCCUCACAAUCGGCCCCUUCCAGGUCAUCCCGUCAUUCCGGCAGAAGCACAUGUUCGGGCACCGCAUGGCCGGGCGCAUCUACUUCCUUUGCUGCUUCAUGGGCUCCAUCACAGGCAUCAUCUUGGCCUUCAAAGCGCAAGGCGGCGCUGUCGGCAAGGCCGGCUUCGCUUGCUUGGGCGUGGCAUGGCUCAUCAGCAAUUUGGUCGGCUUUGCAGCAAUUGCCUUCCCUGCCAUUCGUUCUGUUCCAGUGCAUGAACGAGCAAUGCAGAUCAGCUGCGCCCUCACCUACUCAGCCGUCACGCUGCGCCUCUACCUGCCCGCGGCGGUUCUCAACCCCGAACAUUUCCAGGAACUUUAUGCUGGCAUUUCGUGGUUGUGUUGGAUUCCGAACCUUGUUGUCGUCGAGAUCAUCCGCUGCUGUUUGAAGAGGCAGCAGGAGCCGUCCUUGCACAAGGAAGCACCUGAAGCCAAGGAAGGCUUGUAG